AUGUCCUUCAAACUGCUGUUAAGUCUUGGUGUCAAUGUGACCGCCCUGUUGUUUGCCCUGCCGUUUGCCUACAGAAUUUCUACGCACUUCCAAUGGAAUUGUGCCGCCAUUUGCAUUUUUCUGUCCUGGUUCAGCUGCCUGAUCAACUUGCAGAGGUUUGACUUGGUCGGCAUCUAUGUUGUCAUGUUCAUGGAAAUUCUCAAGACCUUGGUGAAGGUGCUUCUGAUAUUCUCUAUGCUCAACAUUGCCUUCGGAUUGGCCUUCUAUGUGGUCAUGUCACAUGAGGUCAACAAAGCCAGGACUCACUGGUAUAUGUCCGUCUACCACACGUUUAUCAUGUUGCUUGAGCUAGACUACCAGAGCACCUACAGCGACCCCCUCCAAGACAGCAAUGAUUUGUCAUUACAUUUCCCAACUGUGACUUUCUUACUUCUCAUCAUCUUCAUUUUAUUGAUGCCCAUUUUGCUGACUAAUUUACUGAUUGGUCUUGCCGUUGGAGACAUUGAAGCUGUACAGAGGGAAGCCAGGCUGAAACAACUUGCCACUCAGGUUUCUUUCCACUCCGGUGCUGAAAGUGUAUCCAAAUAUUUGCGAGGUUUGACAGAUGAGAGAUUGAAAUUCUACCCAAACAAAUUCUCCACCGUGUGGAUGAUGGUGUACAGUAAACUGGUGUCUGGAGGAGAAGUGUAUACCCGGGACACCUACGCCACAGAGGGGGACACUGUCGUCAACAGUCAGCUAGCCAAGACUAACACCCAACUAAAUGACAUACAAAACAAGCUAGACAAGAACAUUGCAUUGAUGAACCAGAUCAUGAAGCGACUACACAUGAACAUUGAGGAUGACAUGUGGGACGAAGGAGGAACAGAUGUGGACGGCAUCGGAGAAAUAGAAGAGACCAAGUCAAAGAAGGUCAAAGAACCAAAGGCUCACGGAGCUAAACUGUGA